AUGUGCUACCACGAUGUGGUUAAGCUCGGCUGCAAUCAUGAAGUAUGGAGCACAAUGCAGCAGCUAUGUGACGAUGUUCAGGCUGGCCGUAAGUGUCUGGGGAAGACUAUUCGGAGGCACCUCUACCACAACGAAAACGAUAUCUGCUUGCCAUGCCGAAGACGUAAUGAGUCAGAAACAACCGACGGCUCCAGGACUAGUCUUGAUGUCAAUUAUGGCAGUGAGGCGUCAUUCCCUGCUGCCGCUAAUAUGAUCCCGUCAGAUAGAAACCCCAUUUUUGGAAAAUUGCCGUGCAGGCACUUUUCACACGACCGGCAUAAUGAUUCGUUUCCUUGGGGGACACACCAACUUUGGACUAUAGCCUCAGCCCCAGAACCUGUUUUGGCGACAAGCACCGACACUGUCCUGAAGCUUAAGUUGCUAGCAAAACGAUUCGCAGAGCAUCGUGAGAGACUGACUAGAAGAGUCCUGGGGGCCAUGAGACAUCCUAAAAGCCCCAAUUGGGAGCGUGUCCUGCCAGACGGCAGAAGGCUAUCCAAGGCGAGAUCGCAAACGACGGGAGACUCUGGGUCACCCUAUUCGCGUCUCAACCUCAAAGCCCGAGAGAUCCGCCUGCUAGAGUUAAAUCCCAACAAGGAUCCCGAGGAUAUGUCAUUCUCCUUUCGAUGUAUGGAGCUGUCAAACUGCCCUCGGUAUACUGCCCUCUCCUACACUUGGGGAGACGAAGAAGCUACCCGGAGCAUCACCAUUGGCGGAAGCGGGACAAUCAACGUACGUGAGAAUCUCUGGGCCUUUCUCCGCCUGCAGGGCUCUGUCAUCUCCAAGCCUACAUUCUUCUGGAUCGACGCAAGCUGCAUCAAUCAAUCCAAUGUCCACGAACGCAACCAUCAGGUCAGCAUGAUGAAACAAAUCUACGUCAAUGCGUUUGAGGUCUAUAUCUGGCUAGGGCUUCAAGGGGAUAAUAGCGAUCUUGCAAUGGGCUUUGUCUCUGCGAAAGGUACACAAGGACUCAGGCGCCGGGGUCCUGGGUUCUACGCUAUUUGGCCGAGGCGUGUUGGUAAGGCUCUGUACGACUUGUGCGAGCGUGCCAACUGGAGAAGAAUGUGGAUCAUUCAGGAGAUUGUCCACGCCGACAACAUCACUGUCUGGUGCGGGGCCAAGUCUUUCAGAUGGGAUGUCUUCGAAAGUCUCUAUCUCACUCUCAAAACUCUGGAAGAAACAUCGUGGUUUGCACACCAGCCACACGCAAUGAGAGUAUUACAAAGCUCUGCUCAUACCAUGGUCUGGCAGCGUGCACACUGGCGACAUCCUGAUACUCCUUCUCCGCGACUUCAGGACCUCAUCGACAUCUUGCGCGACUGGCAAUGCGCAGAUAUCAGGGAGAAAGUCUUUGCGUUGGUUAGCAUGGCAAGUCAUGAAACAGCCAUCGUUCCCGAUUACUCCAAGUCAGCUCUGGAUGUCUAUCACGCAGUUCAAGAGAAGCACGAUGGCGAGACACACGAGUUCUACAACAUGCUAUCUCAGAUACUGGCAAUACCACAAGGCAACCUGAGAUUCGAGGGGAAUAUGAUCGAAUACAAACGGCACCCCCCAGAGCAGCUAGUGCUGAGAGGCCAAUUAGACGACUAUUUCAGCAAAGAUUUUGAGUGA